GUAAUGAACAUAUCUGACAACCAUGGCGUCGCAGCAAUCGCACGUUAUUAUCAUUGGAGCCGGCGUGAUCGGUCUCUCCAACGCCGUGUUCUUAUCUGAAGCCGGCUAUAAAGUCACCAUCGUUGCAGCGCACGUACCAGGAGAUGAGAGCAUAGAAUAUACCUCACCAUGGGCCGGCGCACACUGGCGCACCCACGCCACAACCUCUGAACCCGAACUCUGCGACUGGGAUAUCCAGACUUUCAAAGAAUGGAACUCAUUGCUUGAAGCUGAAGCCAAAGAUCCCAAUUUACCGAAAUCUGGAAUUAAAAUGCAAGAUUCGAUUCAUUAUUGGGAUGGGCCGAUUGCAGAGGAUUUGUGGUGGAAGGAACAUGUAGAAGGGUAUAGAGAGCUUGAGAAGGAGGAUGAAUGGAUGAGAGAGGUGAAUGAUGGACGACCGAAGAAUGCUCCAGAGGUGAAGUUUGCGGCUUUUUCGAGGGCGCAUAGUUUGGAUGCACCGGGGCAUUUGGUUUAUUUGCAGGAGAGGGCGAGGAGGGCUGGGGCUCUGAUAUUUCAGUCGAAGUUACCUGUUGAUGGUGGUUUGAAGAAGGCGUUAGAAGCGGCUGAGGGGAUCUCGAAGGCGAUCGGACGUGGGAGUGUGGAUGUUUUUGUUAAUUGUACGGGACUUGGGGCGAAGAAGCUUUGUGGAGAUGAGGCGUUGUUUCCGAUUAGAGGGCAGACUGUGCUUGUGAAGGGUGAAGCGAAGGCUACGAGGACGAGAUAUCAUUCUGGUGUGACUGGGAAGGGGGAUACUUCGUAUUGUAUUCCGAGGCCGGGGACUGGGACUACGAUUUUGGGUGGUACGAAGGAGGUUGGGAAUUGGAGUUCGGAGCCGGAUGAGGCUGUGACGAAGAGGAUUCUGGAGAGAUGUUCUUGGAUGGUGCCAGAGUUGCUGACGGGUCCGGAUGGAAGCUUUGAGUUCAUUAGCACUCAGUGUGGAUUGAGACCUGGGAGACAAGGUGGGCCGAGGGUUGAGAGGGAGGUUGUGGGCGGAAGGAGAAUUGUCCAUUCUUAUGGCCACGCUGGAGCUGGAUGCCAGAACAGUGUUGGCAGUGCGAGGAAGGUGAUGAAGUUGGUUGAGGAGAGCCUUGGGCAGGUUGGGAGAAGAUCCAGACUAUGAACGACAGACAGAUGAGAUCAAGGCGACAAGUUCCAAAUUCUCAGGUGCUUCGUCCCGGGCUUGUGUACCAAGAUCGCAAGGGUAGUGAUGUGUUUUGACCAAUCAUGGUGAAGCAGCGCUAGUGAGUGUACGCUGUUGAAUG